AUGUGUAGUGGGGGAUACAUCGCUGGUUUUAUAAAGGAAAUUUCCGGCGAGCAGCUUCUAAAGGAGCAUUGGAAUGGUUGUUUUGAGAUAUUUGUGGAUUCUGCUGUUGAGAUGUGGAAGGUCGUCGAGUUGAAUUUAUCAGUGCUGUCGCUCGGCAAAGCUAAUGUAUUCCCAAAGUUUGACAAAGCUGACUCACCGGAUUGCCUCCACCUACAACUCUACAGAGACCCAAAAGACCGUUACAAGAAAGGUCAAACAAAGGCUUCAUUGUCUCUUCAGCAUUUCCUCGGCUUCGAAUCUGGUUUCACCCUCGACAAAGAGUCAAACACCAUUGCCAUCAUAUGCCAAGAUGUCACAGUAGUCCUGGCCUUCGAAACAAGAGAAAGACUAAUAGCCUGGCAAGUGAAAGUAGGAGGUCAGCUCGGCUCGUCAAAAGAGUACUUGGUGAUGAUUGGUGGAGGAGGAUCGAAGAAGCUACCCGCAGGCCCGGCGAGACUGCAUCUUCAGGGCAGGCGAUUUGCGCUUACGAGUGGAAUACCACCACGCCUGUUGGGUUUAUGGGAGCUGGCGCAUUUAAGACGUUAUGGAGUAGUCGAAGGCCGAUUUUGUUUCGAAGGUGGUUCUCACUGCGGAAAGGGUGAAGGUUUGCACAUGCUUAUAACUGACCAGGCGCAAGAUAUCACAGAUGCUUUUGACCUCGCUGCUCAAGGGAACUUAACUCUGCAACGCACACCUGCUGCAUCUAGGAGAAGUACUGGAAAUAAAACACGCACUAGUACUCGACUAUCGGAUUUUAACUCCGGUGAGCAAUCUAUACCAGACACGGCCAGUGGACUUUAUGAAGAGAACUUUUUCGGUGAAGAUUGUGGGGGAGUGUCACCAUUCUGGCCGUCAGAUGAAAGGCGUAAUUAUGAUGGGGAUGAAGUAGGUUCCCGGCCACCAUGGAGUGGAGCUGACCAUAUUACAUUGGAGCGAUGCAACAAUUGUCUCACAAAACUAGGAGCUAUAUCUCGUUCUUCAACAGUAGCUCUCACUCCUGGUACAUCAUUUAAUCCAGCUUGGACUAUGGAACCUGUAGCAGAAAGUAGUUCUGAUAAUUCUUCAAAUAGCACAGAGUAUUUGACUCCUAGAGCUAUUAGAAAAACUUUAGAUGCUUGCCAUUGUCAAGAUAAACCACCAGAGAGACCUCCAAAACCUGCUCAUUUAGAUCAAAAGAAGCCUCCUGCACCUCUGCCUACAAACGCUUGCCCAUGUCUUAAAAAUGAUAACCAUCCAAUUAAUAAUCCUAAAGUUGGACCAUAUGAAAACUAUGACGUGCCCAAAACAACACACGUUGAAAUCGACAAUCCAGAGUAUUAUGAUACUCCAAAAAGAAUAAAACAAGCCUUAGCAGAUGAUUUGUUUCAAGUAACAAGACAAUCAGCCCCUGGCAACUUAGUACUUCAAAAAAACUGUGGAUGCAUAUUAAAAUUCGGUUGUAAUAGAAAACCAGUCAUCGUAGAAUGCGAUGAAAAUCUUCAACCUGUAGAGUGCCCCUGUCAAAAAGUAACUAACUGGGCAAAUAAUCUAAUUAGUCUUCCUUAUUGCAAAAGAACAACAAGUGAACAAAAAAAUGCUGAAAUAACAAAUCAAAACUCAGAUGAUAUGGCUCUCUAUGCCACAAUAGAUGUAUCACGUAAAACAAACAGACAAAGUGCUGCUAGUACUGAAAAAGAAUCUAGUGAUACAGCUCGUGAACUGAACUUUACAAAUUAUCAGAAUAUUGAGCCAAAGGAAGAAAAAGAAUUUGAAGGUCCUCACGCUAAUUAUGAAAACUUAGAGUUUGCUUUAUCUUUAGAAUACUACGAAAAUGCAAAAGAUUUAUUAAAGAAAGCAGGAGUAACACAGAAAGAGUUAGACGCGCUCAGUGCAAAUAUAGAUCUUGCUGUAAACUCUAUAUCAAAGAAACCCAAACUUUGCUCAAAAUGUGGUCAUUCACAAACUGCAAUAAAUAUAGACUCGAAAAAAAACAAAAAUGACGAGUACUUAUUAAUGGGACCUUCUAAUGAAGGAAAGCGAGAAUGCAGUACUAAAACUCUUGGGCCGAAUCCAGGUUAUACGCCAAUGUCGCCAAUUCCAAAUUGGUCACAGAGCUUAAAACAUCCGAUUCAUAAAGUUAAUAAAGUGGAUUUAGAAAAGUCUCUUAGCAUACCUACUCUAACUGGUAGUGAAAACAGAAUUCAAACCUUUGGUAACAAUAACAAAGAGGCUAUGCAGAAGCGCUCUAGUUCGGUAGACUCGGCACAUCUUCUUGAAGAUUUAAAAGAAUUUGACAGCAGUGUAGGGAGCCACGCAACCUCAUCUUCCCUAGAAACCUUGAGAAACAUGACUGUUGAAAAUAGGAGAUCAUCGACACCUUGCGACAAUGAACCAGAAUGCUGUGACUGCAAGUCGUCAGGAUCUGAAAAUAAAACUUCUGAAGGAAGUUCUUCUAAAGAAAUACCUCACUUGAGAAACAAAUUAAUGGACAAUGCACAAAUUAAAAGAUCUUCGAGUGUUCCUUGUAAGUCUGGAGGUAACAGAGACUCCUCUAGUUCGAAUGAUUCCGGAGUGUCCAGCUGUUCAAUGAAACAUGGUGGAGUGGAAUUUAAUGAAUUUGAAAUGCCAUUGACUUCUGGUCACUCACGAUAUCACUACAUGGUGCACAAAAGAAUGAGAGGAAAUUUGUCAAGUUGUGUACACUCUUCAUUACCGAGGAAAUCGAAGUCCUCUGAUCUCUUGAGAGAUAUGCCGAUGCAGUUGCCCAGAACGACUCUUAAGUCAUCAUCAGCUGAAGCAGAGGUUCCUGUUCUUCCGCCAAAGCAGUUCAAAGGUGUAAUGGAUACUCACAGUACAUCAAGUGGAACUUCAGAUAUGUCUGACUAUAUCGAGACUCUUUCAAUGACGUCAUCACAUUCAUCCUCUGACACACCAUCGGGAAUGAGACUUAGUCGACAGCCAACAAACACAUUGCGGCCACGCUCUGGCAAAGAAUAUCACAACCUCGACCCUAUCAUCACCUCAAUGUACAAAAAUGGCAAGGAUCUCGCCAACUACACCAACUUGCCGUGA